AUGAAGGGAGACACCUUUGAGGGCACAGCAGUGUGCAGCGCAGAGCAGGCGGCACUAGAGAAACUUCCAGAGGCAUCGCUGAUGAAGGCGAGUGAGAGUGAGGCCUUCGACUUCACUGCCAAAAACAGGAAUAUGGAGAAAGAGAAGGAAAGACAGGUGAAGAGAAAGGUGAAGAAGGAGGGAGAGAUGAAUGAGGGAGCAAGUCAUAAAGACAAGGCAGAAAAAGAAAGAGAGACACUUAGCCUUGAAAAGAUAAAGGAUAGAGGACAUGUGCCGCAGAAAAAAAGACAGUCUGCCAAAUUAAGAAAGAUGCAGAGUCUAGAAAAUUUGACGGAGGGAGGAAGUGAGCAUAGAGAGGCUGGAGAAAAGAAAAAGAAGAAGAGAAAACUGAAGGAACGAAAGACCACUGAGCCAACUCCGCUUCUUGUGGAGGUCAAACCUCAGAAAACUCUAGUCAGUCCUCCAGUGAGAUCUUCCUUCUUGACGCCAAUAGAAGGAGAACUUCCAGUGUUUCCAAGUGUCUCUGAAGACCUUCCUCUACCAGCUGCUCGCUUCAGGCCCCUGCCGCCAGUGACCAAACCGCCCAUGUAUCCUCAAAAGCCAGCUCCUGCACCAGAGAAAGUGUCCCUGCCAUGUUCUUCUCUUCAAGUGGAUCCUCCUAAACCGUUGGCAGUUCCUCCACGUCCCACUCCAGCACCUGAUGAACUGUUUUCCCUCCGACGCUCCCAAGUGAGGCCUUCCAAACAACUGGUGGUUCCUCUGAGCCCCAUUCCUGAAUCUGAUGAAGUUGCUGAUCUGCAACGUUCUUCAACUCAAGUGUGUCCUCCCAGCCCGGUGAAGCCUCAGCCGUCCACUUCUUCCCUGGUUGAGCCGCCUCCACAACUCAUGCUCAUCGACAUAGAGGAUGAGGAGACCGAGUAUGUGGAGUACACAGGGAAGACCAUUCGGGCCUGUGACUUAUCCAAGUCUGAACGCCCCCGACCGCUGGAGGCUGAAAUGAAACCGAGACGGAUGGUUGCUUGGUUGGAGAGUGACAACGAGGUGCUGGAGGAAGUGUGGGCGAGUGAAGUGGUGGAGGUCCAGGGAUGUGAGGACGAGAAAGCUAACCCUGAUGAAAUGGGAGACUCCAAGGUCAUAGAAGGGCAUUUGGAUGAUGCCUCUCAGAAAAAGAAGGAGUUGGAUGAGCACAUGAUGAAGCUGUUCUGUGUAACCUCUCCUGAAGGUCCCAAAAAUGAGACCCAGCACAAUGUGAAUGUCCAGGAAGAGCCAAAGAGCAAGAGAAAAGUGCCACGUUUUCUGUUCAUCUGGGCAGAAGAGAAGGCCAAGAAAAAGGAGGAGAAGACAAUGAGGAAGGAGAAGGAGCGAAGAGAAAAAGAGUUGCUGCUUGAACGCUACAGGAACGAUCCAAAACUGAAGCACUUGUUGAUCAAUAAGCACAACCGCCACUACUGCUCCCUUUCCAAACAUCCUCUUCACCUUUAACCUAUUGCGCAAUUCUGUGUACAAAUAAAAAAACUUUGCAAACUAAAUGUUGA